AUCACCUCAGGAGCUGGAUGAGGUCUGCAAAGCGAGAUGCAAUAAUGUGUCAUCUCCUCUAAGGAGGACUAAUGCACUUGCUGAUGACCGUAUGGCACUGGUGUCGGGAAUAAGUUUAGAUCCAGAAGCAGCAAUUGGUGUAACAAAACGCUUACCUCCCAAAUGGGUUGAUGGAGCUGAUGAAAUUCAGUAUGAUAUCGCCAGGGUUAAACAGAAGAUGAAAGAAUUGGCUAGUCUUCAUGAUAAACAUCUAAACAGACCAACGCUGGAUGACAGCAGUGAAGAAGAACAUGCAAUAGAAAUAACCACCCAAGAGAUCACACAGUUAUUUCACAGGUGUCAGAGAGCAGUCCAGGUCUUGCAGAGCAGGUCACGCAAUUGUACAGAACAAGAAGAACGUGUUCUCAGGAACGUAGUAUCUUCCUUAGCACAGUCCCUUCAGGACCUAUCCACCAACUUUAGGCAUGCACAGUCUGACUAUCUCAAACGCAUGAAGAACAGAGAAGAAAGAUCCAAGCACUUCUUUGACACCUCAGUCCCGCUUAUGGAUGAUGGGGAGGACAAUACACUUUACGACAGGGGUUUUACAGACGACCAGCUAGCAUUGGUGGAGCAAAAUGCAUUAAUGGUGAAGAGAAAAAAAGAAGAGCGGGAGCGAGAAAUCCGUCAAAUUGUACAGUCAAUCUCUGAUCUGAAUGAAAUAUUUAGGGACCUGGGAGCAAUGAUAGUAGAGCAGGGAACAGUUCUAGAUAGAAUUGACUACAAUGUUGAACAGUCAUGUAUCAAAACUGAAGAGGGCCUAAAACAGUUACAUAAGGCAGAGCAAUAUCAAAAGAAGAAUCGGAAGAUGCUUGUUAUUUUAAUUUUGUUUGUUGUAGUAAUUGUUCUUAUUGUUGUUCUCAUUGGCGUAAAGUCACACUAGGUUUCAAUUAAUUUUCUUAAUUUUUGGAGUUUGUGAACGUUUUUCCCAAUGUGAACGGAUGGACCUGCACUCCAGAAAGCCGCCUUUGAAUGUAUAAACCCUUGUGGUACAAAGUCUGUGCAAUGUUUCAGAAGAAUUCUUCCAAGUACAAAUUUGGUCAUCUGCGAGGUGUUUGUAAAGAUUAUGUGGAAAAUGUCAGGAAAUUCGAUGAUGCUCUGAAACAAAUAAUCUGCCUCUUUAUCCAGAGGUAUUUGGAAACACAGUACAUUUAAAAAAAAAAAAAAAGUUUGAGUACAGUAAGUAGUGUGUUACUGCAAACAAAAAUGUUUUCUGUCUUAUGUCACAGUUGUUAUGGGCUUCAAAUUUAAACCAUGUCACUGAGUCAUGGGGCUCAAUAACAAAAACAGAUCUAGAUGUAAGAUGCGUUAAAAGAGGCACAAAAAUGUUUGACUUCAUUUCCUUUCCUCCAGACUCAACACCCCCCUGCCCCCCGCAAAGAACUGGAUAGUUCUGCUGAAAAGGAAAGCUUUUAACAAUCAGAACCUAAUCCAACCCUGUGAUCUUACUUUAGAUAUUGCACCAUUGCUAAGAAUCAGAGUAGUACUUAACCUUGUAAAUAACAAGAUUUAAUCACUGACAUAAUUUAACACAUUUAGUUAAUUAAAAAAUGUUCUAAGCUUAAGUAAUCAUGGGAAUGUUUUUCCUCUUCAGAAAGAUCGCAUAUAGGUUUGCAUAAACAGGUUCUUUUAUAUAAUUUAAAGUGCAGCCAUUACAUUGAAACAGAGAUGAAAUUAAAGCCAAAAAAUACAGAGAUUGGCCUUUUGGCCUUCUACAUCAUCUGGCCUGCUAUAGUGGAUCUGGGAUACUUCAUUCUGUUGUUGCUGCAUAAGAUGUUUAUUUUACAGAACAUCUGUCCAUACAUGUUGGUAAAUUAUUCUAUGAAAAUGUGACUUCCCUACAGUAUGUAUUGCAUCCGUUCUCCCUGAUAGAAGAUUAUUUUCUCAAAUGCCUACCUGGAAGAGGACAUGUUAACGGUCGUCUUCUCACCAUGACAGAUGUCAUGCAACAGACAAGUAUUAGGCCUUUAGUGCAGAAUUUUUGUUUUUUCUAUUUUUCUACUAUUUUUUGCAGCUGAAAAUUUUGCUGUGGGCCAUGAAAGAAAAUAGGGAAACAUUUUAGUAAUAGAUUAUUCAUGAUUUAAUUCAGGCCUGAAGUGAUGUGCAAUUUUUAGAGGCCUUGCCUUAAUAUUUUUAAUAUGGCUUUUCUUUGUGGAUUAUUUUUGCUUUAGGGACUGUAACUUUUCUCCUUUUCUGACUGAUACAGUGCUCCCCAUAAACUUGCAGAGAUGAUCUGCUCAAGGCCCCUGAAGUACAAUUUCAUAAUAUUAAUUAUUCUAAUGUUGCAUGUGGGAAACAGGAGUCCUUUAAUGUUGCAUAUGGGAAACAGGAGUCCUCUACCUGCCCUGAGCUUGUGUCUUUACUGUGUAUGGACUAAGGAGGACCUAAGAUAUGGGUCUAAGCUUAGUGCAGGAACAGGCCUGAUGAACAAGACUACAGAGAUAUGAAAGCCUUGGCUUUCUGUGUGGCUUAUUGAGAAAAGCUUUGUACCGCUCUUGUUACCUCUGGACAAAGGGGGUUUGAAACUGCCCGUUCAAACCCUUGACAGAAUUCACAGGGGAAAUUGGUAAAAAGAAAGAAUGAUACUUUUAGUUGGGUGUGCAGCUCCCCUGUUUUGGUAUAGAUCUCCUCAGUGAUCGUGAGUAAAACUACUGUCUCCCUAGUGUGCUGUCCACAUCAUUUGGUGUGAAGCAGCAUAUUGCUAUAAUUUAAUAUAGUGUGUUUGCAACUUUCUCUCUAACAUGAGAUUGUGUUAUUUAUUUCUGUCUUGACUGGUGCUUUUGACAUUUUAUCAUGCCUAAUGAAUUCAAAGAAGUAAUAAAACACUUCCAACCUAGUUGGUCAAUCGCUCAUUUUUUUAAAUAGUAUAAACUGACACCAAUAUUUCCAUAGAUGUUAGUGUGUCUAUAUAUGUAUUCUCUAAAAUUAAAGGAAAGCAGCAGUGGCAUAUAAAAAAGACUUUUAAAAAAUAUUCUAUGUUCUGUAGCACAGUGUAAUUUCCCAUUGUCAGACGUGGGACAGAGAUGGAUUUUGGUGUCUGUGUCGGUGGCAUUGAAAUGUCAAUGGGAUCUUAACUCCAGGAAGGUAACUGGCUACAUAUUUUCUAUCCAAAUACUGUAAAAGGAAGUGCACUUUUUAAUACACACUAAUCCCAUUGUGUAGCUUGAGCUGGAAGUGAUUGAAGCUGAUUAUCUCUGGAAAAUACAGGAUUCCUAGGUUUUCUAAAUAAUUUCAGAUGUCCAGAAUGUUACAGUUCAGUGUAAAUAAUUCUUGAAAGCUAAAUCACAAACCCUCAUGCAAUGCUUUGUAAAAGGAUCUCUACAUGGAAAGUUAGAGGGAAUACCAUCCGUGCCAUCAGGCUGCGAAAGCCCAAAAAAGCCACUGCAAUCAAGGAGUUUUGGCAGUAGCCGGUGCCCGCUCCGGUGUUACAGCAGAGCUGCCUGAAGCUGCCGACAGCGCCUCUGCCCAGCCCUGUGAUCAUCCCUGUGUGUGCUGCGUCCCUGCGUGCCCUGAGCUCUGGGGCCUGUAGCCUCUUGGACGUUGCUGGGUUCUUCUCAGCCUGUCUUGAGACUGAUUGUUUACAAAGUGCAGUGGGAAAUCACAUGAGUCCAAGAGAAUAAAACCGCUAGGCUAUCUCCCAAGAAUCCAUGGCUUUUAUCACUUUUUGUGGAUUGCUGGAUCCUAUUGGCUUGUACAAAAUGUCUCCACUAAAACGCACAUGGGCAGGCAAAAAUAAGCUGCUACCACUUGUUGAUGUGUGGGGCUUGGGGUUUUGUUUGUUGGUUUUUAACAGAAGUACUUUCUAGUUGUAUUUGAAAGUGGCAGUAUUAUAAGCGCUGUUGUGAAUUCAUUCAGACUUUAGAAACUGCAAAAAGUAAAAUGGAAGAUGAUUUUGUCCUGUGAAUUUUGGAUUGUGCUAAAAACACAAAUGCAUAUAAAUGAUACAGUGUCCCUUGA